AUGAUUACCGGUAUUCACCAUAUCAAUCUACUGGUGCCAGAAGGCACGCUGGAUGAUGCAACCGAGUUUUACGCAAAUACUCUUGGUCUGACACCAACACCAGUCCCGCAUAUACAAGUCGGUAGGAUCGCUUGGUUCAAUAUUGGCGAAGCGGGAGGUCAGCAAGUUCAUAUUGCAUUCGGACAGAACGAACCGAAUUCGUCGCGACACCCAUGUUUCAAGCUCGGGUCAUUGGAAGACCUGCAGACGCUUCAGAAGAAAAUUUGGGAUCAUCAUGUCAGGGGCGGGAAAGCAGCUCCAAAGGCAGCUGAUCAGCCGGGCGAACAGAAUUCGGGCUCAAAAGGAGUUGAAUAUCCUACCAGAUUCUUUGCGAGAGACUACGCAGGGAACAGACUUGAGUUUACAUUAUAA